AUGCGCUACUACCACAUUAUACGAAAUCUAUGCACCCCCUUUCGCUCACAUUCACCCCCCAAAUUCAAUCCUCAUUCUUCUUCUUUUACAUCAUCUUCUUCCACCCAUUCUAUCCUCACAAGCCUUAACCUUCAACAAAACCCUGAUUCAGAUGAAAAUUAUGAAGGGGUUUUUCAGCAGAUUUCUUCUGUUUUCUACGGUGGUCAGUCAGUCCAGGGAGCUUAUUCUGAAGAAAUUGAUGCCACAAAUGAGUUUGAAAAAAUAAUAAAUAUAUCGCAGUUGCCAAACUCACCUCAAAGCAAUAUAGCAUUGCGAAGGAAAGAGGCUUCUCGUGAAAAGAAAAGAAAAUGCAUAUUCAAUACUAAUCAAGAACAACGUUUCUGCCGCAUAAUUGAAAGUUGUGGGAAGAUACUAGGAAUUGAGGCUACCCUUGAGUUGUUUGAUAAAGUUGAACGACCACCAGGUGUGAUAGGAUACAAUGCAUUGAUAAAAAUAUGCAUAGGUAAAGCUAGGGAAGCCGAGAAUGAAGACAUUGCAAUUGAAGAGAUGGGGAAGGUUUUUCACCUUUUCGAAUUAAUGAGGGAACAAGGUUAUCAAAGAUAA